CCCUUCAGUCAGCCCUGCAGGGAACAGUGUCCUUGACUCCUGUGGAGAACAGCCCAGGUCUGAAAAAAACCGGUUUGUCACUUGUGGAGGUGCUUAAGAGGAAUGGAGCUGCUGGGCACGGCCUGAACUGCAGAGGGUGGGAGCAGGAGCACCCUCUGACAGCCCCGGGAACCCCCCACCCCUCCUGCCCUCCCAUCACCCCCCUGCACACUCAGGGCUGGACUCUCCUGGGCAGUUCUGGCUGUAAGAAGGCUCUGUCAGCCCUCUGCAGUGACAGGACCAGGGAGGAGCUGCACGGGCCUGUCCACAAAGGUUAUCCUAAUCUCCCAAGAACACUUAAGGACAGUAAGGCUGUGAAGAAACAGAGAACUGAAGUUCCAUUACGACCCACUCAGGUCUGCAGCUUGUUUAGGACUAAGAUCCACAGAGCACGAGACUGACUCUAACUCAGGUAAAGGUGUGACCCUGCCCUAAGGGAGUAAAUUCUGAAUCAUGCUUCCUCUUCCCUCUGGAACUCUCCAGGUUCUCAUCACACCUUCAUGGGCUGAGGAAAACAGCUCUGGCUCGAAGUCACCCCAUCUUUGCAAGAAAUGCUUUUAAACCUACUGGGUGAAUGACUGCUCAAGCCAAGAAUGUUACAGAGACCCUGUAGGGAGUGGAGAGACAGAUUGAUCAGCAAACAAAUCCAAAUCAGGAGUCAGAAAGCUUAUGGAAAAAGUUCCCGUGGUCCUCCCAGGUCUCCUGGUGUUCUCCCUGUGGUCCAACACUGCCAGGAAGGAGUGUCUGGACUGAGAGGAUUUUCACAUCCUUCUUUCAGAAAUGUCUGACAACAAUUGCUCUGGACAGGACCAGAACAGGAGUUCAGGAAUUGAGACACCAAGACAUGUUUAACUUUCUGCCCCUCUCUUGAUACUGCAGUAACUCCUCUGGACAGUUAGAAAAGUGACAAAAAGUGGGAAGGAGAGCUUUUCCUAAAAGGAAGAAUAAAAUAGCCUGACCCCCUGGCAAUGGCUUUCUCUGUGGACUCAGCUUGGUACCGUUGGCAGCGCCUGGGAGCUCCAUCCCAGGCUCCAUCAGAAUCCACCCCACUGCUGCUUCCUGGCAGAGACAAACCAAAACUCAGCCUGAACAAAUGGAGAGUCAUCUUUCCUGGCAGUGGGAGACAGUGGAAAGACUGGAAACAAGCUUCUACCUUUUAUUCUGGAAACGAGAUACAGACCACAAAAUACACAUGGUUCACUUUUGUGCCCCAAAAUCUUUUUGAACAGUUUCACAGGCUGGGCAAUCUUUGCUUCUUCUUUCUGGUGGUUCUGAUCUGGUUCCCACAAGUGGAAGUCUUCCACAGGGAGGUCACUCUGCUGCCUCUGGUUGUGGUGCUGCUUCCCAGCAUGAUUAAGGAUGCUAUUGAGGACUACAGAAAACACCAGUAUGACAAGACAAUAAACUCCUGUAAAACCAGGGUAUAUGACAAGGAGGAACGCGCUUACGUGGAGAGGUGCUGGAAGGACGUGAGAGUGGGGGACUUUGUGCAGCUGCAGUGCAACGAGACCAUCCCAGCUGACAUCCUGCUGCUCCACUCCUCCGACCAGAGCGGGAUCUGCCACCUGGAAACCGCCAACCUGGACGGGGAGACCAACCUGAAGCAGCGGCGGGUGGUGAGGGGCCUGCCUGGGCAGAAUGCUUUGUUUGAACCCGAAUUUUUCCAAAGCACCAUCACCUGUGAGAUGCCAAACAAUGACCUCAAUAAGUUCCAAGGUUACAUGGAGCAGCCAAAUGAUGAACGGGUUGGUUUUAACAUUGAAAGCCUCUUGCUCCGUGGAUGUACAAUCAGAAAUACUGAGGUUGCAGUGGGAAUUGUUAUAUAUGCAGGGCACGAGACCAAGGCCAUGUUGAACAACAACGGCCCCCGGUACAAGCGCAGCCGCAUCGAGCGCAGGAUGAACGUGGACAUUUUCCUGUGUGUGGGGCUCCUGUUUGUGAUGUGCCUCGUUGGAGCUGUAGGACAUGGCAUUUGGACUGGAACCUUCUUGGAGCACCCCCCUUACGAUGUCCCAGACGAAUAUGGCAAUUUUCUGUCUCCAGCCCUUGCUGGUUUCUACACGUUCCUGACAAUGAUAAUCCUGCUGCAGACUUUAAUCCCCAUUUCUCUCUAUGUGUCAAUUGAGUUGGUUAAAUUGGGCCAAGUCUUCUUAAUUCACAAUGACAUUGACCUGUAUGAUGAAGCAGCAGAUUUGCCCAUCCAGUGCCGUGCCCUAAAUAUUACUGAAGAUCUCGGACAAAUCCAGUGUAUCUUCUCAGACAAAACUGGGACACUAACAGAAAACAAAAUGGUAUUUCGACGCUGUACUGUUGACGGAAUUGAGUUUUCCCAUCAGGAAAAUGCCAGGCGCCUGGAGACCCACAAAGAGCUGGAUUUGGAUGAUGAGGACUUUGCAAAACUUCAACACUUCACUCUCCCUGCCCCGAAUGUUGGGAGAGCAGCCUGUGCCCAGCAGAGCCCCCCCGGAGCCCUGCGGCGCUGCCAGAGCGCCCGCGCGCGGGUCCAGGGGCACGCCAGGAGCAGGUCCCUGGGCAGGAGGGACAGCAGCCAGUCCCAGGUGGCCUUCAGCAGCACCAUCGAGAAGGAUGUGACUCCCGACAGCAGGCUGCUGAGGAGGGUGAGAGAAGCUGCACUCCAGGCUGAAAGCCUUUCUCCUUUUAUUCCUACGAGAACUUCCACAGUCUUUGCUGACUUUUUUCUUGCCCUUGCCAUCUGCAACACAGUGCUGGUGUCCACAGCCACCGAGCCAAGACAACGGGUCACGAUUCCACCACCAAUAAAACCUCCGGGAAUCACCCUGGAGAAGAUUCAUCAGAUAUUUCAAAGGCUAAAGUUAGCAAGCCUCAGCCAGUCCUUCUCCUCAUCCCAGUCCAGCUCUGAGCUGGGUGCGAGUUUUGGCGCGAGGGGCCCCGAGGAGCCUCUCCCUGCCCUGGGCAGUGGUGACAGAGGGGACAGAGGUGACAGUGGUGACAGCGGUGACAGACGUGACAGUGGUGACAGCACGGACAUGGGCCCUGCCUCCCUGGAGGAGGUGUUCCAGUCUGUGAGCAGCAGCUCUCUGCCCCCGGCCUUGUGCUACGAGGCCGAGAGCCCUGACGAGGCCGCCCUGGUGCACGCGGCCCAGGCCUACAGCUUCAGCCUGGUGUCCCGCACCCCCGAGAGGGUGACAGUGCGCCUGCCCCAGGGCACCCUGCUCACCUUCGACAUCCUGCACACCCUGGGCUUCGACUCCGUCAGGAAAAGGAUGUCUGUGGUGGUGAGACACCCCCUCACCAAGGAGAUUGUUGUCUACACCAAAGGCGCUGACUCGGUCAUCAUGGACUUGCUGGAAGACUCUGCUGGAGCUGAGAAGAGAAUAAAAAGAAUAAAAGAAAAAACACAGAAACACCUGGACCUCUACGCCCGUGAUGGACUGAGAACUCUGUGCAUAGCUAAGAAGGUCUUAAGUGAAGAUGACUUUCAGAAAUGGGCCAAUUUUCGUCGGGAGGCAGAAGCUGCCAUUGAGAACAGAGAGGAGCUGCUAAUGGAGACAGCCCAGCACCUGGAGACCAAACUCACCUUGCUGGGAGCAACAGGGAUCGAGGACCGGCUGCAGGAUGGAGUUCCUGACACUAUCGUGGCCCUUCGGGAAGCAGGGAUACAAAUCUGGGUGUUGACAGGAGACAAGCAGGAAACAGCAGUGAACAUUGCAUACUCCUGUAAGCUCCUGGACCAGAGGGACACUGUCUUCACCAUCAACACUGAAAAUAAGGAAACUUGUGAAUCUCUCCUGGAUUUAACCCUGGAAGAGGUGAGGAAGAGUUACGAGUGCAACAAACCGCGGAGGAAGAUUUUCGGCAUCAUCCCAACAGCCCCAGAGGCCCCGGAGGCUCCCAAUGCCGAGUUUGGGCUGGUGAUCGAUGGGAAGACGCUGAGCCUCAUCUUCCAGGGGGGCCUGCAGGAGAAGUUUGUGUCCCUGGCGCGGCGCUGCCGCUCGGUGCUGUGCUGCCGCUCCACGCCCCUGCAGAAGGGCAUGGUGGUCAGGCUGCUCCGGGGGCAGCUCCGAGUGAUGACCCUGGCUAUAGGUGAUGGUGCAAAUGAUGUGAACAUGAUUCAAGCAGCUGACGUUGGAAUUGGAAUAUCUGGUCAGGAAGGCAUGCAGGCAGUGAUGGCCAGUGACUUUGCAAUAGCCCGAUUUAAACACCUCAAAAAACUGCUUCUUGUCCACGGACACUGGUGUUAUUCUCGCCUGGCAAAGAUGGUGAUUUACUUUUUCUACAAAAAUGUGAGCUAUGUCAACCUGCUCUUCUGGUACCAGUUCUUCUGUGGCUUCUCAGGCAGCACCAUGAUUGAUUACUGGCAGAUGAUCUUCUUCAACCUCUUCUUCACCUCAGUGCCCCCUAUUCUCUUUGGAGUCCUGGAUAAAGAUGUUUCUGCAGAAACACUUCUAGGUUUGCCCGAGUUAUACAGGAAUGGGCAAAAUUCAGAGAUAUACAACCUGUCAACUUUUAUUAUCACCAUGCUGGAUGCCUUCUAUCAGAGCCUCAUUUGCUUCUUUGUCCCCUAUUUGGUGUACAAGGACUCUGACAUAGAUGUGUUUUCCUUUGGAAACCCCAUCAACACCAUCUCCCUCCUGACCAUUCUCUUGCACCAGGCUCUGGAAAUGAAAACCUGGACCCUGUCCCAGCUGGUGGCCAUGAUGUGCAGCCUGGGCUUCUACCUCAUCUUCUCCCUGAUCUACAACGCCGUGUGCCUGCUCUGCAACCCUCCCACCAACCCCUACUGGAUCCUGGAGAGGCAGCUCUCAGAGCCCACCUUCUACCUGCUGUGCCUGCUCACCCCGCCCACUGCACUCCUGCCCAGGUUCUUUUUUUCUGCUCUACGAGGAACCUUUGGAGCAUCUCUGAUUCUGAAAGCACAGCAAAUAGAUAAACUUCCGAAGGGACAGCGGGAUCUCGAAAUCCAGAAACUGAGAUCAAGGAAAGAAGCUACUUCUGGUGCAUCACCUGCACCUAAUGAUGACCUUGACCAAAGCAUCAGCCACUUAUGUGUGUCACCAUUUCUCCACCCAGCAGCAGCAGCAGCUGUGUCUCAGGGGCACACAGAGGGUCAGGGGCUUUCCAGCUCUGCAGUGAGUCCUUUCGGGAGAGGGACACCAGAGGAAGGCUACUGUUUCUACAACAGGUGGGCAGAGGAAGAAUCUGCUGCUACAGACUCUUCAGCAGGACCCUUUGCACCCAGCAGGGGAACAGCUCCUGGGCAGGGCAGUGGCCAAGUGCCCAAAGACAGAGAGCCCUGGUCCAGCUUCGGGAGCCACCGACGCUCAGUGAGUGCAGUGACCCUCUGAGCAAACCCUGACAGACCC